AAGCCAGAAUCGCCUCGGGUCCGGCCGCGAAGAUGGCGUCCUCCGCGUCUGCUCGGCCUUCGGCCGGGAAGCGAGUGGUGAAUCAGGACGAAUUGCGGAGGUUGAUGAAAGAGAAGCAGCGUCUGAGCACCAACCGAAAACGGAUAGAAUCUCCAUUCGCGAAGUACAACCGUUUGGGGCAGCUGAGUUGUGCCCUGUGUAACACCCCGGUUAAGAGCGAGCUCCUGUGGCAGACUCACGUCCUCGGAAAGCAGCACCGAGAGAAAGUGGCCGAGCUGAAAGGCGCGAAGGAGGCCACCCAGGGUCCGUCCGCCAAGAGGAAGGCACCAGAUGCAGAGAGCCAAGAUGCCAAAAGAGUGAAGGCCUCUCCGGUGCCUCAGGUACAGCCCUCCACUUCCGCCUUGCCCACCAACUUUGACAAAACCGGAAAGGAAUCCACUAGAACGACCCUCAGUAAGUCUUCGGGACUCGGUUUACUCCCUGAUUAUGAAGAUGAGGAAGAGGAGGAGGAGGAAGAGGGGCAGGGAGGAGGAGGAGAAGGGAAGAAAGGGGAUGCCAGUAAGCAGCCGUCCAACGUACCGAGCAAGGAACACUCACUUCCCUCCUCGCGGGAGGCAAGUGGUAGUCGGCUGCCAAGCGGCUUUUCAGAUACAAAUCCUCCCAAGGCCCCUUUAAUUCCUCAUUCGGGGUCAAUUGAGAAAGCAGAGAUACAUGAAAAAGUAGUGGAAAGGAGAGAAAACACUGCCGAAGCAUUACCGGAAGGGUUUUUUGACGACCCUGAGAUAGAUGCGAGGGUACGAAAGGUUGACGCCCCAAAGGAUCAGAUGGACAAAGAGUGGGACGAAUUUCAAAAAGCCAUGAGACAGGUGAACACUAUUUCCGAAGCCAUAGUUGCUGAAGAGGAUGAGGAGGGACGGUUGGACCGGCAGAUUGGAGAGAUCGAUGAGCAGAUAGAGUGCUACCGUCGGGUGGAAAAGCUGCGGAAUCGCCAGGAUGAAAUAAAAAAUAAGCUUAAAGAGGUGCUGACCAUUAAAGAAUUGCAGAAAAAGGAAGAGGAGAAUGUUGACAGCGAUGAUGAGGGAGAGCUACAGGAUUUAUUGUCUCAGGAUUGGCGGGUGAAAGGGGCUUUGUUAUAGGAUUUCACAGACGCAAGAUUUCUACACCCUCUACGAUUGUAUAAAAAGUGCCGUCUCUCAAUGUAACGUUUACUCCAUGCCUAGAGAUUUGGUGACCUAACUGGGUUGUUGAGAUACAAGGAGCCUGUGAAGAUACCGCUUUGGAAAACUGGUGUAAAAUAUUUUUGAGCUGUAUGAAUUUGGCUUUUAAGAUCAUCUUCCCACCAACUCUCCGUCUGCUCAGCCGGAAAAAACUGUGCCUGUUCCAAGAACAACAUCACUGGCCUGACAAAAGACAGUUCAGCCAGUGGUCAGAAACAGGUCUGCGCAGACACCACCUCCUCCAGAGAAGAAAGCCUGUUCUGUCAUUCCAGGAAAGCAGUCUCAGACCACGUGCUACCUGCCUUGUUUUCUUGCCAGGGUCGCAUGUGGGACUCUGUGGUGGCCCCUGUGAGAUGGCAGAGCAACGGUUCUGUGUGGACUAUGCCAAGCGUGGCACAGCCGGCUGCAAAAAAUGCAAGGAAAAGAUUGUAAAGGGUGUAUGUCGCAUUGGCAAAGUGGUGCCCAAUCCCUUCUCAGAGUCGGGGGGUGAUAUGAAAGAGUGGUACCACAUCAAAUGCAUGUUUGAGAAACUGGAGCGGGCCCGAGCCACCACGAAAAAAAUCGAGGACCUCACAGAGCUGGAAGGUUGGGAAGAGCUGGAAGAUCCUGAGAAAGAACAGAUAAGCCAGCACAUUGCAGAUCUGUCUUCCAAGGCAGCAAGCACACCAAAGAAGAAAGCUGUUGUCCAGGCUAAGUUGACAGCCACUGGCCAGGUGACAUCUCCAGUGAAAGGUGCUUCAUUUGUCACCAAUACCAAUCCCCGGAAAUUUUCUGGCUUUUCAGCCAAGCCCAACAACUCUGGGGAAGCCCGCUCAAGCCCUACCCCUAAGGCAAGUCUGUCCUCAAGCAAAUGUGACCCCAAGCACAAGGAUUGUCUGCUACGCGAGUUUCGGAAGUUAUGUGCCAUGGUGGCUGAAAAUCCUAGCUACAACACGAAGACCCAGAUCAUCCAGGACUUCCUUCAGAAAGGCUCAGGAGGAGAUGGUUUCCACGGUGAUGUGUACCUAACAGUGAAGCUGCUGCUGCCGGGUGUUAUUAAGAGUGUUUACAACUUGAAUGAUAAGCAGAUUGUGAAGCUUUUCAGCCGCAUUUUUAACUGCAACUCAGAUGAUAUGGCGAGAGAUCUAGAGCAGGGUGACGUGUCAGAGACAGUCAGAGUCUUCUUUGAGCAGAGCAAGUCUUUUCCCCCAGCCGCCAAGAGCCUCCUUACCAUCCAGGAGGUGGACGAGUUCCUCCUGCGGCUCUCCAAGCUCACCAAGGAGGACGAGCAGCAACAGGCCCUGCAGGACAUCGCCUCCAGGUGUACAGCCAAUGACCUUAAGUGCAUCAUCAGGCUGAUCAAACAUGAUCUGAAGAUGAACUCAGGUGCAAAACACGUGUUAGAUGCCCUAGACCCCAAUGCCUAUGAAGCCUUCAAAGCCUCGCGCAACCUGCAGGAUGUGGUGGAGCGGGUCCUCCGCAACGAGCAGGAGGUGGAGAAGGAGCCAGGCCAGAGACGAGCCCUGAGUGUCCAGGCCUCACUGAUGACCCCGGUGCAGCCCAUGCUGGCCGAGGCCUGCAAGUCCAUCGAGUACGCGAUGAAGAAGUGUCCGAAUGGCAUGUUCUCUGAGAUCAAGUACGACGGAGAGCGAGUCCAGGUGCAUAAGAAGGGGGACCACUUCAGCUACUUCAGCCGCAGUCUCAAGCCCGUCCUGCCGCACAAGGUGGCCCACUUUAAGGACUUCAUCCCUCAGGCUUUCCCUGGGGGCCACAGCAUGAUCUUAGACUCUGAGGUGCUUCUGAUCGACAACAAGACAGGCAAACCACUGCCCUUUGGGACUCUGGGAGUGCACAAGAAAGCUGCCUUCCAGGAUGCCAACGUCUGCCUGUUUGUUUUUGAUUGUAUCUACUUCAACGAUGUCAGCUUGAUGGAUAGGCCUCUGUGUGAGCGGCGCAAGUUUCUUCACGAUAACAUGGUUGAAAUUCCCAACCGGAUCAUGUUCUCGGAAAUGAAGCAAGUCUCGAAAGCUUCCGACUUGGUGGACAUGAUCAACCGGGUGAUCCGAGAGGGGCUGGAAGGGCUGGUGCUCAAGGACGUGAAGGGCACCUAUGAGCCUGGAAAGCGUCAUUGGCUGAAAGUGAAGAAAGACUAUUUGAACGAGGGGGCCAUGGCUGACACAGCUGACCUCGUGGUCCUUGGGGCCUUCUAUGGGCAAGGGAGCAAAGGUGGCAUGAUGUCCAUCUUCCUCAUGGGCUGCUAUGACCCGAGCAGCCAGAAGUGGUGCACAGUCACCAAGUGCGCAGGCGGCCACGACGACGCGACGCUCGCCCGCCUGCAGACGGAGCUGGACAUGGUGAAGAUCAGCAAGGAUCCCAGCAAGAUCCCCGGCUGGCUGAAAAUCAAUAAGAUCUACUACCCUGACUUCAUCGUCCCAGACCCAAAGAAAGCUGCCGUGUGGGAGAUCACAGGGGCCGAAUUCUCCAGAUCCGAGGCUCACACAGCCGACGGGAUCUCCAUCCGAUUCCCUCGCUGCACCCGGAUCCGUGAUGAUAAGGACUGGAAGUCCGCCACUAAUCUCCCCCAACUCAAGGAACUGUACCAGCUGUCCAAGGAGCGCGCGGCCUUCGCCCUAGUGGCCGGAGAUGAGGGGAGCUCCACCACUGGGGGCAGCAGUGGAGAGAACGAGGGCCCCUCGGGGCCAGCAGUGUCCCACAAGGUCCCGAGGGCCUCGCCCAACGGCAAGAAGGCAGGAGGGAAGCUGAGUAGCUCCAACAGCAAAGGCGGCGGCAAGCUGGCUGCAAAGCCUUCCCCUGUGAAAGUGGGGGAGAAGCGGAAGGCUCCAGACGAGACCCCCUGCCAGGCAAAGGUGCUGCUGGACAUCUUCACCGGGGUGCGGCUCUACCUGCCGCCCUCCACGCCAGACUUCAGCCGGCUCAGACGCUACUUUGUGGCAUUCGAUGGGGACCUGGUGCAGGAAUUUGACGUGGCCUCGGCCACACAUGUGCUGGGUAGCAGGGACCAGAACCCUGCAGCCCAGCAGGUGUCCCCGGAGUGGAUUUGGGCAUGUAUCCGGAAACGGAGGCUGCUGGCUCCCUGCUAGGACUGCUGCCUCCCCUGCCCCCGCGCCGCUCCCCCUGGCCUGGGCUCCGGCUGGGCAGGCAGGCACCGGACCCAGCAGGGUGGGCAUGGGCUUUCUUCUCUAGGCUGCGCCAAGUCUUCCCAAACCCACCAACCUCGCACAGUCUCUUCCCGACUGGAGCUGGUUGCUGCGGUACCACCAGUGAAGCUAGCCUCUCCUGCUGCUCUACGCAGAUCUUCCUGAUCUGGGUGCUGGUUUUGUCUUCUUUUUUUCCUUCUUUAAAAAUAAGCUUUUUUAAAAAAACAAAAAACAAAUGCACAGUCUUGGAGUAUCUCUGUCCUCCCCCUUCACCCCCAAUUCCCCUAGUGAUGAAGGAGUGACGGGAAGGCAGGCUCUUGAAGCUCUGUCCCCAGAGCCAGGCCUGGUGGCAGUCUUCUCUCCCUAGCCUGUCCCUUCUACUUCCAGGCUCAUUUUAAAGUUGUAUUUAAAAGACCUGUCCUCAGAAAUGCUUAUAUUUGGCAAAACUUGUAUUCAGCCUGGCCCUUUUUGCCAGGAAUGAAAUCUCAUUUGAAAGAAAACAAAGCGAAUUUUAUGUCUUAAUUCUCUGUGUUCUCCUAUUACAGGGUGUGGGUCCCAGUUUGAAGGGAGGGAACCAGGAUCAGGUAGGAACAUGGGGCCUUUCUGAAGCAAAGGGAGGUCGUUGGGGCUACUCCUCUGGAGGACACGGGCCUCCAAAUCAGAAACACGACUGCUCUUUAAAACCCACCUGAGGACAAGUCCACAUCGCUGCUUGCAGAGAAUGGGCCCUGUGCCACUCGAGGCUGAUUUACUUGAAUAAAGGAAAACAGUUUCGCAUA